GAAAUUAGGAUUUUAAUAAUGUAACUUUUGUUUAAUGGAGAAAGUACAAGUUAAACUUUUUGAAAGCUUUGGUAGGCCCGUAAAUUUCGACAUUCGUGAAAUAAAUUCGGUUUCGUCCAAUUUAAAUUAUUCCGACAACGGAUCAGAUGAUUUUGAUUAUUUGAACGAAAUAAAAAAAACUGACCCGUUCAUUAGAAGCUUAUGGAGUAUCCAUCAAACUUUGGCGGCUUUACGUGGAAAAAUGAGCAACAGAAAAAUAGUGGUAACAGACGUAGCUGAUGAAGACUCGUGUGAUAUCGAUGAUACAAACUUACCUCCAACAUACCUAGUAAUUCAAUUAUCUUCCACCAUACCAUUAAACACCCUGAGAUGGUUUGUCGAAAAAAUUCGUGGCAAGAAGCGAGAUGGAGGAGGAGAAUUAAUCGUAAUGAAACAGCCCGUGAAUCCCAAAGAUGCGUUUGUUCUCCACAUUUCGGCCACGAAAAUCAAAUUAUUAGAAGCCGCCGAGGAAAUGGAGCUAUCGAAGAUAGAUUCCAAUGGUGUGAUGAGGGAGUUUUCAGUCGAAUCUCUGGAAGAUUUUCUAAAGGAAGACACGCACGUGGAUGACCUGUUUACUUUAGCAGAGCGUCAAACGAUAGUUAGGCAUGAAGUGGAAAAUAUUAGAGCCCUGCCUGAAGACAAUCAUAUACCCGGUUUUCCCGAGUGUCAACUUUACACUGGGCAAUCAAUUAUAGAAGUUUGCAAGAACGCCAAUAUAGUAACCAAAGUAUAUCCUCUACACGAGCCGGAAGCACUGAAAAGGCUCAGCAAGGAAUGGUAUAUGACAUUAAAAUCUAAACAACCAUUUGAUCGAAUUAAAAAUUACUUCGGCGAAUCAGUGACGUUGUACUUCGCUUUCUUGGGGUUUUACACCUCCGCCUUGGUCAUACCGGUCGUGCUGGGAUUCCUUCAAUUACUGGUCUCCCGAGAAACGAUACCCUUUUUCUGCGUGUUUAACGUUGUAUGGGUUACGUUGCUACUAGAGAGCUUCUGGCGUAGACACAACGGCAACUCCACGACUCUUGCGUUAGUUGAAGAGCCUUCGAGAGGCCUUCCGAAAGUAACAUUCUUGACGAUGAUAUGGAAAAGGAAAAGCAACGAAUUAGCUUUCGAAUGGGGAACUAUCGGUAUGACAAGUAUGGACGAACCAAGACCUAGUUUUAGAGGAACUAUGGGUAUAGAUGCUAUAUCAGGAAAAGUUCAGCCGCAGAGCCCGCGUUAUCUGACCUAUUUGAAAAUGUAUGCCGUAUCGAUUCCCAUCGUUCUUGUAUGCCUACUUGCCGCCUUUUUCAUAAUGUUACUGUCUUUCUGGCUCGAAGAUUACUGCAAAAAGUCUGAUGAAUACAUAAGUUACGUUAUGCUGCCUAGUAUUAUUUACUCUAUAGUGGUGUUGAUUAUGAAUGCGUAUUACAGAACAUUAGCUACAUUUUUAACCGAAUGGGAGAACCAUCGGACGCAGUCCCAGUUCGAGAGGCAUCGAGUAACCAAACUGGUUCUAUUCGAAUUCGUCAACAAUUUCAUGGCUCUAUUUUACAUUGCUUUCUACAUAAAAGAUAUGGAGAAUCUGCGAAGUCAAUUGCAAACCAUGUUGAUCAUUUCGCAAACGAUUAACAAUUUCCAGGAAACCGUCCAACCUUUGGCUGUGAAAUACUACAUGUUGAAUGCCCAUAAAUUCAAUAUUUUCCAGAAAAAAAUUGAAAAACCCCAGAACACUUUAGCGCAAAAGAACUACCGAUUAGAAAACAACGACGACACCGUCCUAUCAUCCAUCAUAGUUCCCGAACUUAAACCAGACGAUAACCGAAUCAAACAAGCGAUGAAAGAGGGCGACAUGGAGGAGUACGAAGGCACCUACGACGAUUAUUUAGAACUUUUCAUACAAUUCGGAUACGUCUUCCUGUUUUCCUCCGUAUAUCCUCUGGCUGCUUUAUGGGCAGUUUUGAACAACUUGGUCGAAAUCAGAGCAGACGCGUUCAAAUUGUGCAAGAUUUACCGGCGACCAAUGUGCAGGAAAGUCAAAGAUAUAGGCGCCUGGCAAAGAGCCUUCGAGGUCCUCGGAGCGCUUUCAAUACUCACUAAUUGCGGAUUGCUUUACGUCAGCCCGCCGAUGAGGCAAACUAUGCCUUCGCUAAGCGACGUCGAUUGGUUGAUUCUCUUCGUGGUGCUCGAGCAUGUACUGCUCGGCAUCAGGUUCGUCUUGCACAUAGCGAUUUCGGACAAGCCGGAGAAGAUCCGGGUGGCUCUGGCGAAGAGGAAUUUCGAAUCGAAGCAAGCCUUGAAAUUCAAACGACACAAAGGCGAAUGGAAAACGUGUCACUGUUCGAUGACGGCUUUCUGGGGCGCGGAUGAUGAUAUUAAAUCUUUCCAUAAAGGCACCACGGGCCCAGAAAAACAAGCAGCUACUAACAAGGCGGUUCAAAACUGUCCACGGCCCUCACGCUCACUGAGCCCCGAGAAGGAUCCCGCUCAUCAGUCCCCAUCCCAGCUAACGAAGUUAAUCGAAUUCCGUUCUUGCAGCAGCAAUAAUUACUUCUCGUAUUCUUGUAGCGGCGGCCUAUCGCGACCUUUUCGCCAUUUUCCAUUGCGUGACUAUUCCAGGUCGUGCAAUUAUACCGCCACUACUUUCCUCCUGCAGCUUCGCGGAUCGUCCACCUGUUGA